CUGACGACAACCUGAAGAGGACGGAGCUGCAUACACACACGGAGAGGCCAGUGCGCAGUCGUACUAUCAGCUAGACGUGGAGCCUUCCACUAACAACGCCCACUUUCCCACACGCUCAUCACCCAUUAACCAUCUCAAACUGAUCUGGGAUUGAGUCUUCCCUGUGGCUGGCCUUGCUCUUCUCCAAGCCAGUCCUGUUUGGCUGACCUUACUCGUUCCAGUGAAAAUAUCUACUUGCACAGUUGCUCGGCCUCAUGACGACUCGUUCGGGAAAUCGGUUUGCAGUUCUGGAAAGCCAUCGAGGCGAGGACGACGAAAUCCAAUCGCCGAAGAUCAAGAAGAAGAAAACCAAGCCAACGCCCCCCGGAUCACCCAAGAAACAAACCAACCAACCAGGCCGAUCGAGCUCAGUCUCGAGGGAUAAGCAAUCUCAACAGCCCAAGAACAAGAUGACCACCCGGCCGGAUGUGGUUUCGGAUCAGAUGGGCGUCGGUCUACGGGGCCGGAACACGGCUCCAAUCCAAUCAGAUUACGAUCUACUCGAGAAGGGAGCCGCUCAGAGUACACCUUCCUCCGAAAAGAAUCACCUCAAAGUCUCCAAGAAAAAGUCCAAGAACAUCAUCAAACUCUCCAAAAGGGAUGCCAAACUUCCGGAACCUCAUCCCUCGGCCCCAUCCAUUGCCGCCCUUUCAUCAAAGGAUAAGCGGGCAAUGGUUCUCUUGGUCGUCUUGUACAUGCUCCAAGGUAUCCCCGUCGGUCUGGCGUUCGGAUCGAUCCCAUUCUUACUCCGUGCACGGCUAUCAUACAGUCAAAUCGGCCUGUUCUCAUUGGCCUCUUAUCCGUACUCGUUAAAGCUUCUGUGGUCGCCGAUCGUCGACUCCUGUUACUUCCCUAGCAUCGGCCGACGAAAAUCAUGGAUCAUUCCCGUCCAGGCCCUCGUCGGUGUCACUCUCUGGUGGUUAGGAGACCACGUUAACGUCCUCAUGGAUGCUGAGAUCCCCGAUGUCAAGACUUUGACCGUCCUCUUCUUCACCCUCGUCAUGUUUGCCGCCACUCAAGACAUAGCCGUCGAUGGCUGGGCUUUAGAGUUACUCUCGCAGGACAACUUAUCUUAUGCAUCAACCGCUCAAACCGUAGGACUGAACAUAGGAUAUUUCCUCUCGUUCACCGUCUUCCUAGCCUUCAACAGUCUUGAAUUCAGCAACAACCGAUGUAGGAGCCUGUUUGGGUUCCCAAAUCAAGAUUAUCCGUUGAUGACUCUAUCAGGUUACUUGAAGUUCGGUGGCAUCUGCUUUAUAUUAGUGACCCUAUACCUAAGUUUUUUCCAAACCGAGGAUCCGGUUGAUAAGGAUUCGCCAGAAUCUAACAUGGAUGUCAAGAAGGUUUACCAGAUCAUGUAUGAGAUUUGCAAGUUGAAACACGUUCAAAGCUUCAUCCUUUUACACUGUAUCGCCAAAUUGGGCGUCAGUGUCAAUGACGCUGCAACUAGCUUAAAACUUCUGGAGAAAGGUUUGAGUAAAGAGGAUAUGGCUCUGAGCGUCUUGAUUGAUUUUCCAUUCCAAAUCUUCUUGGGCUACUUUGCCGCAAAGUGGAGCAGCGGAGAUAAGCCCCUUCAGCCGUGGAUAUGGGCCAUGUGGUUCAGAUUAGCCUUCAGUGCAUGGAAUGUUGGGCUGGUCUACUUCUUCCCCGAGGCUAAACCACUCUCGAACUCAUAUUUCAUACUGGUGAUUGCCUCCACGGUCAUGUCGAGCUUUGCCAGCACCGUCCAAUUUGUCGGGAUAUCUGCUUUCCACACUCAGAUCGCAGACCCUCUGAUUGGGGGUACUUAUAUGACUUUACUCAAUACCGUCUCCAACUUGGGUGGGACUUGGCCCAAGUACUUCGUCCUGAAAGGCGUCGACUUCUUCACCGAGGCAAAUUGUUUGAUUCCCAAUGCCAAUAGUACGCAACUCGAAGUCCAGGGUACAGAAUGUGUCUCCGAUUUGGGAAAAGCCAAAUGCACGGAUUUCCAUGGAGAUUGUCAUACCAUCAAGGACGGUUACUACAUCAUGCAAGCUAUUUGCAUCACACUUGGCGCGAUCCUCUUACUGGUUGUGAUCGGACCCGCAUCACGAAAACUUGGUGCUCUUCCUGCUCGCGCCUGGCACGUCCGAAAAGCGUUAUGAUCUGGAAUCUCGGGGCAAAAAAUGAAUUUUGUCUCACAUGCAUGCAUAGAUUACAUAGAGAUACACAAAUCCUUCUUUAUUUUUUUUUUCCCUUCAAGUGAUGUCUUUUGUUUAAAAGAGUGUAGAGACUUUCUUUUUCUUUCUUUCUGCUUGCAUUUUUAAGUCCACAGGAAUUGAAAGGAUCGUUUGAUCGUCAAGCCGUCCCCAGUCUACUUUCCUGUUUGUCAGACCC